CCCGGCAAAGUAUAGUUGACGGACAAACAUGGGAUCCUCCUUUGCAGUGCGGCAGAUUGGCUGGAUUGCGCGGUUCACCAGCUGCUCUCUGUCUGGUUCAGUCCUGUGUCCGAGAUGCCACCAACCGCCUCUCUGUCUCACAAGAAGACUUUGCUCCUCCGCCGCAGACAACAUCCCCCACAACCAAGAACCCAGGGUGGAGCUUUCUCUGCGUGGAUUACUUGAUAUGGGCUUCACCGACACCCAAGCAGAACACAUUUACGACACAGUUGGCAAAAGCAGAGGAGAAAGUACUGCAAAACACACGUUAUCAACCCUGUCAGCUCUGAUUGUCCUCGGCCUUAAUCCAUCAAGUGUCCUGAAGCUGUUAGAAAAAUGUCCUGAAUUGUACAGUAUCAAGGAAGCACAACUGCAACAGCGCAUUGCAAAUCUGAGAAAAUUAGGCCUAGUUGAAGGCAGUCUACAGAGAGUCGUGGCCCAUCACCCUCAGAUCCUGACCAUGAAAGUGAAGAAAAUCAACAGCACGGUGAUGUUUCUUAAAGAGAAGUGUCUCUUUACAUCGCAACAGGUCACAGAUAUUCUCCGAGACAGUCCAACUAUAAUACAAGAGGACAUGGCUCAGAUUCAGUACAAGUUUCAGUAUGUUUAUUUUCGAAUGGGAGUCAAACAGGCUGAGAUGGUCAAAUCCAGGCUGUUCCGUUUUACUCUGGAUGAAGUGCGGAAUCGCCACUGUUUUCUGGAGCGCAGGGGACUUUUUGAAACCCCUGACAAAAAGGGACAAACAACUAUUGUCAACCCGAAACUUGGCAGCAUCCUCAAUGUGGACCAAGACAUGUUUGUUACUCAAGUGGCUAAAGCUACACUCGAGGAGUAUGAUGUUUUUCAGAGACUAAUAGCAAGAGAAUAUCAGGAGGAAGAGCACCUGACAGACUUUGACAGCAUCAGUGACGAUGAUGAGGCUGUGGAGGAGGAAGACAGGAAUAAGGGGAAAAUGGGAUACAUGAAGAGGAAAAAGAAGUUACCCCACGAAACCUAAAAUUUAAGAUAAAAAUAAAAUAUAAAAU